AUGACGGAAAUACCCUUGUUAUAUAAACGAAGUCACAGCUUCGGCGAUACUUUUCGGGAGAAAACGACGACGGAGAGUGAAGGCGGAGGAAGAGAGAGAGAGAGAGAUAUGAUACCUCAGCAAUGGACGCCGCCGUGUGGGAGUCAAUGCACGCAUAAGUAUGCAGCUCUUACGCAGAUUCCAUGGAGAGUGUUCUGCAAAAAAGGAUGUGAUGCCGAUAGUGACUCAUGGGAAGAUUGUGUAUCAAGUUGCAGUGAGAUAUGCUACAAAGACCCUGUGCUAAAAGACCGACAAUGGAGUGCUUAUAUAGAUCGUUCUCCUGGAGCUGCCAGCUACUCUGAGGAAUGCUUCCACGCGUGUGUCGCAGGCUGUGGUUACAAGUUUGAAGUUGAGUCGGAGGAAGUCGAUAAGGUGAAACCAAAGAGACCACCACCUCCACCACCAAAGCCACAGCCACCACCACGAGCUAAAAGACCAAUGCAACCACCCAGUGAGGAUGUUCCUGGAACUUCUGCUUGACGUCAAACGCUUUGUGAACUAACUUCUUAAAACUCCUCAAUUUUUUUGGUAAUCUAACUUGUGAGGGAGUGUCAAAGCAGUUGCUCGACAAUUUUGUAGCGGAGAAAAGUGUAUUGGUGGGACUUGGACGGACCUUGUGACCUUUUUAGUCCAUAAGGCAAAUCAGUG